UUCAGGAGCAACAGGUGUGUUCACCUGAAUUCAGAGAGCGUCUGCCUCUGAUGUAGACCAGCUCCUCUGGAUCCAGAGCUGACAGAGCAGCUGAGACUCAGUUGUCAGGUGGUUUAUUGGGACAGAGUGUGAGUGCAGCUGAAGCAGUCAUGGCUGCUGGAUCCUUUGUUAAAAGAAUGUUACUGGUUUUCUUGUUGAGUGUGCUGGACUACUCCUCAGCAUUUCCAAGAGCAAGAAGUUCUGUUUAUCCUGAAGCAUGGCAGGGUGUAAAGGAGAAACAGAAAGAGGUUUAUGUCUAUGGGAGUCGUCGCCCUCUCCACUACAUCCGGGCUCUUCGGCAGACCCACAGAGAGCCACAGCCCAAUAUCCAUGUCCCGGUUCAGAUCAAAGCCUGGCAAAAGCAUCCGGGAGGUUCUUUAAGGGUCCACAACCAUGCCCAGAUACAAAAUCUGCCGAGUCUGUACCACCAAACAAGAAGUCCGUAUCAGUUAUGGUCUAAUGUUGCCACAAAAGGGACACAGGAAAUGUCCAUACUCCAGUCUCCACUGCAGAGAAACCAUCCACUGGCAAACCCCAGAAGCUUUGAAUUCAAUCUAAAACUUCCCUUUGCUAACUUCCCAAGUCAAAACAAAGACAACAGUUCAUCCACUAAAAGUUUUGAUUUGAAUAGCAGUGGGAGUGGUGGUGCUGGUCACGAGUCUACAUACAAGCCAAGUGGUAUGCACGUCGAUAGUAGUUUCAAAAGCCCCUCUGAUUCAGAUAGUUUGGAUAAGGGUUUCACAGAUGAAGGAAAAAAUGACCAUGAAGUUUCCAAACCAAACUUUCAACUGAGCUUAUCUAUUCCUUUUCCUCCAUUUCCAAAACCUUACAGCAGCAAUGAUGGUGAUCUUAAAAAUUCAACAACAAUACCAGGAAGUAAUGUUCAGAACAGUAACAUGAAACCAGAAAAAACACAAUUAAGUUCAACACAGAGUGGAUCGGAUUGGAUUUUAUUGAAUUCUGCGAGUGCUGUGCAGCAACAACCAAUACAUGACACUUACGAAUCAAUUCGAACCCCCGUCCCAGCCUGUCCCACAGCCUCAGAUUCCGUCCCGGCCAAUCCCACAGCCUCAAGCUCCGUCCCAGCCAAUCCCACAGCCUCAAGCUCCGUCCCAGCCAAUCUCACAGCCUCAAGCUCCGUCACAGCCAAUUGUACACUAUCAAGCUCAGUCGUGGCCAAUCCAACAGCCUCAAACUCCAUCCUGGCCAGUCCCACAGCCUCAAGCUCUGUCACAGCCAGUCUCACAACCUCAAGCUCCGUCCCGGCCAAUCCCACAGCAUCAAGCUCCGUCCCAGCCAAUCCCACAGCCUCAAGCUCCAUCCAAGCCAAUCUCACAGCCUCAAGCUCCGUCACAGCCAAUUGUACACUAUCAAGCUCAGUCAUGGCCAAUCCAACAGCCUCAAAUUCCAUCCUGGCCAAUCCCACAGCAUCAAGCUCCGUCCCGGCCAAUCCCACAGCAUCAAGCUCCGUCCCGGCCAAUCCCACAGCCUCAAGCUCCGUCCCGGCCAAUCCCACAGCCUCAAGCUCCGUCCCGGCCAAUCUCACAGCCCUCAAGCUCCGUCCCGGCCAAUCUCACAGCCUCAAGCUCCGUCCCAGCCAGCUCCGCAACAUUCUCCUCAACAGUCUGACAAUGUUUACAGAGGAUACUACAGUGGGCAAAUAAAUCCUACAAGUACUAACUAUGGGAAAGGUCAAAGUGGACAAACCGUUUCAUCUGACCCAACAAAUGUCCGUCUUUCUUUGUCUCAAUCACAACAAGAAAGAGGUCCAAGUGGACAUUUCAGUUCUGGUCAGGUCAAACCCAUUGGCAACAGCUAUGGCCAACAUCAAAUCUGGCAUCCAGCUGGUACUCAACUUACCUCUUCUUUUGAACAGCAAAACUACGGACAGUUUCAACCAUCCUUGGGUCAUGUGCAAAAAGUAGAGACUGUACAUCCAGUCAAUCCAGUACAACAGUCAUCUCAAACUGCUGCUCCAUCUCAAUAUCUACCUCCAUCAUUCAGUUACAACGGGGAAGUUAACACCACCAAAACCCAAUACACAAAACUUUUAAUUGAUGUGGAUGAUAUGAGUGAAGAUGAUGGACAACACAACAAUUAUGCAGCAUCACCAACCCACUUUGAUGAAUAUUCUGGUACAUGGACUGGGCAGGACAUGGCAGAAACCCCCAUUAGCAAUCCCAAUCCACAGUUUCAGAGGUUUCAUUCUCUGGUUCCAACGGGUCAAGGUCACCCCGCUACGCAACCAAACUUCCCUUUUGAAAGUUACCUAAGCAACAAAGCUGAGUCUUACAUGCCAGUUUACAGCCAAGCUCCCAGCAUGGGCGGUGGUGAGAGCCAAUAUGCAUCUAUUCCUCAGAAACAAAUGGAAACAAAACAAAUAGAGACUUCUGAUCCUUUUCCUGGACAGGCUAACUGUGCGCCUCAUUCAGGAGCAAACAGUGGCUCUGUGCCAACAAACUUUGGCCAACAACUGUCAUCAGAACCAACCUCUCACACUGCAUCAGAAGCUUUUAGUCCCAACAACAGACAAUAUUAUUAUAUUGGCCAAGCAUAACCACAGGUGCUUACAAGUGACCAGAGCACUGCCAAAAACUAUCCCUUCUCUGCUAAUAGGAUAAAUCACUAUAGUACAUAUGACCUCAGCGACAGACAAAAUUUUUAUGGCACUAAUUAUUAAGGUCAAGAAAAACAUGCCUCUUGGGCUCAAAUUGCUCAUGCUCUUUUGCAAAUGUCAAAUAUUAACCCUGUAUCAUCUGCAUCUGUAGCUUCCCAUCCAUAUCCUCUGGUUCUUUGAUAUUACCCCCAUUGUCCAACUUUCAUCCUUUUUUUACGGGACUCCAAAAUGUAGGCUGCGCUCCAAGCUUCAGCAUACAUUCUUUGACAGUGAAUAUCAGCUCUGUCAAUCCAAGGCCACAAGCAAUCCCUGCAUACUUUGUCAGCAGAACCAACUGGACCUGUCAAUAACUUCUACUGAUCUGAUCGGAAAACCUAUAGCCACAAAAUCAUCUGUCAGAUUACAAAGUUUAUUCUGGCCUUUCCUGUCUUGAACAUUACCAUAUGACUAGCGAUGAUGGAAAAGCUACUUAAGUCUUCUCAGCCCGGAGGCAAAGACUGAAUGUCCAUUGUACCCACCUCCACUUCCUUGGAACCAAUAUUCCUGUCUAAGCAUGUGUGUCAGUGAAGAGUACAUUGGAGCAUACAAGCCUGUUGACAAGACAAACCCCUUGCCCAAGAUUUGAGUUACUGAUGGUGAAAACCAUGUUCCUGAAGAUCAUCUGAUAUUUAUGGGGUAAAGGGAUCAACUGAUGUCUGCAUUCAUGGAAGCCCCUGAUGCCCUUAGCGUAAAGCGGACCAACCACAGGGAAAGGGAUAACAGGCUGCACAGUCUGAACUGCAGCAAUGCAUAUAGGAUAAACUACUGCUGUUGUACUGAAUUUACAGCCCCUGGGCCAAAUGGGGUGCCCCCCCCAACCAUUUUCAAAUUUGCAAUAAAAAAUCUAAUGAUUCA